GAGCCCGGGAGCGGCGAGCCCGGAGCCCAGAGCCGGGCAAUGCGGGCUCUGCUGGCUGCACCUGGGGCUUCUCUUCGUGGUGGCGGCGGUAGCACAAGCGGCUGCAGCGUGGGCCAUAUCAAAAGCAGCAGGAGCCGCCACAACCGGUGCAGUCUCUGAUGCACCUUCCGCUCCCAGCUUGGCGGCUCCGAGAGGAUGUGGUUCCUCGGUAUCGUUACUACUUUUGGGGGAUUGUUUUUGCUUCCAGGUUUUGCUCUUCAGAUCCAGUGUUAUCAGUGUGAAGAAUUCCAGCUGGAUGAUUGCUCCUCCCCGGAGUUCAUUGUGAACUGCACGGUUAAUGUUCAAGAUACUUGUCAGAAAGAAGUAAUGGAACAAAGUUCUGGAAUUCUGUAUCGCAAGUCCUGUGCAUCAUCUGCUGCCUGUCUCAUUGCCUCAGCUGGAUACCAAUCCUUCUGCUCCCCAGGGAAAUUGAACUCAGUCUGCAUCAGCUGCUGUAAAUCCUCACUCUGCAAUGGGCCCCGACCCAAGAAACGGGGCAGCUCAGCAGCAAUGCCAAGGGCAGGGCUCCCCACCACCAUUCUUCUCUUGAAACUGGCCUUCUUCUCAGUGCACUGUUAAAGUAGAAGGAUGCUCCCCCCAAUGCCCACCCUUGUUCAUUUGGCUCUCUGUCCUCCCUCAACUCCCUUAAUUAUCUUCUGAAGCAACACAUAGGACAGGACCUCGAUGUUUUUUUGUUUUUUCUCUUUACUUUCUUAAUGAAAGAGCUCAGUGUAAAAAAGAAAAGAAAAAAAAAUCCCAGAAAGAAACAUUUUUGUAACCUAUGACUUAAUCUUCAAUGUGCCCUUAAAAGCAGAUGGGGGAAUAGAAAACAAGGGAUUGGAAAUCAGAUGUUCCAUUUGUGAUGCCAGAAACCAGGUCUACUUUUUUCAGAAUCAGCACUGACAUCAAGGUGGAUAGCUGUAUUUUAAGUCUCCCAACUUUCUAUAGUGUUUUUGUUCUGUUUCAAGGUGUUGUGGGGAUGGGAGAGGGUCACUCAGUAAUGAU